GGGCGGGCGGCGAGUGCGGCAGGAGCGGCGGCGGCGAGGGGUCGAUGGCGUCUCUGCGGGGCUCGAGCGGCGCCGGCGGCGGGCGGGGGGCAGUCGCGGCCUUGGGCGGCGACGGGGAGUCGGGCGGCGGGGCGGCCUUGGGCGGUGCCGGCGGGGGCCCGCCCGCCUCCCAGUACGGGAACGGGCUGGGCGGCGGGGGCCCCGGCGGGGAGCCGGGCGGGCGGCUGCGUGAGGAGGAAGAGGACGACGAGGAGGAGGAGCUGCUGCUGGAGGCCGCCGGCGGCGGGGCGGGGGGCGGCGGGGCCGGGCUGGCGGGCGGCCGGGGCGGCGGCGGCGGGCCCAGAGGCGGCGCCCUCUCCUCCGCCGCUGCCGCCUCGGCCGCCCUCCAGCCCCGCGCGGGCCAGGCCGGGGGGGGAGUCGCCGCCGCCCUCCAUCGCCCCCACUCCGAGGAGCUGGAGGAGGAGGCCGGCCUGGGCGAGAGCGACCCCGGAGACUCCGCCAUCGAGGAUCCCGAGCUGGAAGCCAUUAAAGCUCGCGUGCGGGAGAUGGAGGAGGAAGCUGAGAAGUUGAAAGAAUUGCAGAAUGAAGUUGAAAAGCAAAUGAACAUGAGCCCUCCACCUGGCAAUGCUGGCCCGGUUAUCAUGUCUUUAGAAGAAAAGAUAGAAGCAGAUGCCCGGUCCAUAUACGUAGGCAAUGUUGAUUACGGCGCAACUGCAGAAGAGCUGGAAGCCCACUUCCAUGGCUGCGGCUCUGUCAAUCGCGUGACCAUCCUUUGUGACAAGUACACGGGCCACCCCAAAGGGUUUGCUUACAUUGAGUUUUCAGAUAAAGAGUCGGUGCGGACUUCCUUAGCGCUAGAUGAAUCCCUCUUCCGGGGAAGACAGAUCAAGGUGAUACCCAAACGGACCAACCGCCCCGGGAUCAGCACCACGGACCGUGGCUUCCCACGGACCCGGUACAGAGGCAGAGGAUCUGGCUACAGCAGCUCCCGGGCCCGAUUCUACAGCGGCUUCAGUAGCAGGCCGCCCCGAGGGCGGGCUUACAGGGGCCGGGCCAGAUCGACUUCAUGGUAUUCCCCUUACUAAAAACAAAAAAAGUGGUUGUUUUAGGAAGGAGGAAAAAAAAAAAGAAAAAAAAAUGAAGAUUGUUACCAUGAUGGAAAAAAAAUACUGUUGGGGGGGAGGAGAACCUGUCUAAUGCUGUGCAGCAAAAGAGGGCUGUUUUACUUGGGUGGGGGAGACAUAAGUGGGGGGGAAGGACAUCCUGUUCAACAGCUUUCACCUACUAGUCUUGCUGGUCCAAUGUGGCCAUGCCCCGUCAUCCCUCUGCCCUCUGUUUCCUCCUUUUCCGCCUGCAGCAAUUGUCAAGCGUUAAACAGAACCACCUUUUCCUUUCUGUUGUUGUGGCCUGGCGAUUCUGGGCUGGGGGUAGGGCAGUUACGAGGAGGGCUCUUGGUUCCCCCGAACUCUCGAUCUUUUCAUUCGAGCCUUCGUGGUUCUUUUUCUCUGUAUUACUUUUGUUCCCCCGCCCCCUUCUGCCCUGCCCCAUGCUCGUUUCUUGUCUGUGUGUGUGCAUGCGUGUUCCGAGUCCUAGCUUUUAUCGGGGUUGGGGGGAGGCUAAUGGCGGCGCCUCCCAGGCACAUUGGCACGCCAUUCAAGAGUUCACCACCAUAAUGCUUUAGUUUGUCAGUGUGACAAGCUCAGUCGUCCUUGCACGUGUGUGAGAAACAUGGGGUCCCUGGGUUACCUCUUUCCCUGUGUAGCCCCUUGUCUGUACCGUUGAAAUUGGGGUUUGUGCACAACCCUUUAUUCUAAAGCAAGGUAGGGUGUUUCCUGCAAAAAGGUAAUCCUUCUAAAUUGCAGGAUCAUCUGUCCCUCCUUCCCUUUACUUCUUUUCUCUACACCCCCCACCCCGGUCGCUAUCCCUCACUGCUCCCCCUUGUUUCCCUCUGCCUUCCCCUGGGGUAUGUUAUAUGCCUUGUUUGAGUGUCUUUAACUUUACAGGUUCCUUUAUUUUUUAGCCUGAAGAAAUAUCACCGACACCUGCCGUUCUAGAGACCUGGGGCAGGGAGACGACUCCCGUGGGGGCUUGGUGGGUGUGGGGAAAACCCGAGGCCCAUAAUUCUAUGUAGGAGAGAGUGACUUUGAAAAAUGAGAGAGAGAGAAAGAGAGAGAGAGAGAGAGAACUUUCAGGUUGGGGGUGGGGGAGUGUAAUGAGGAAGGAAUAGAUAAACUGUUGUGAGGGCGGAAAAAAAUAAAGAUGUUUUUGGAAGAAA